GAAGUGUUUGGCUGUGAAUCAUCAUCUUGCAUCGGUGAUAGCUGUGGGCUGUCUGGAGGGGCGAUGACCUGUUCUGGAGUUUCUUUCCUUUCUUUGAUUCUAUUAGCUGAACCCUGAGGAGGAACACAGGGGGAAAUCCUCUUAACCAGGCCAUGCUGCUGUCUCCUCAGGCAGAGAGGAACUGGGAGAGUCUGUGUUUAAUGCUUGAAGAUGUGCUGGACGACCAGUCCCACAGGCAGCUAUUUGCCUUAGAGCUGGGCUCUGGAACAGGUCAGCAUGUUAUACGCUUUGCCCAGAAGAUGCCUUUUGUUACCUGGCAGCCAUCAGACAUCAAAGAAGAGUCUCGGGACAGUAUUAAGGCAUACAUUGCUGCAACCAAUGCAAAAACUGUGCUGCAGCCUGUCCACCUGGAUGCCAGUGAACCUUGGGAGAAAUGGGCAGGCCUAACUCACAAAUCCUGUGAUGUUAUUGUUGCCAUUAACUUAUUGCAGUAUAGCUCCUUCAAAACAGCAGAGGGUGUUUUUGGUGGAGCAGGUGAGAUUCUCAAGCAGAAUGGCCUUUUGAUCACACAUGGGGUGUAUGCCAUAAAUGGGACCAUCACACCAAGUUGUAACGAACGGCUGGAUGAAGAGAUCCGUGAGAUGAAUCCAGAGUGGGGUCUUCCAGACAUUGACGUGCUGAGACAGCUGGCUUUUAACAACGGCAUGCGUAUGGAGAGGAUUAUUGAGAUGGAAGAUUUUUUUAAAUGCCUCAUAUUUAGAAAAUUUUGAAGAAGUGAGACUGCUCAAGGAAGAUUUUUUUUUUUGCAAUAUCACUGCACAAUAACAAGCCAUACUGUAAAGAACAUUUCAUUGGCAUUCAUCAAUGUCAUGUUCUGCCUUUGCACUCACAAAAAUAAGCAUUAAAAUGUGUUGAAAUGUAUAUAAAUGUGACAUGGUGCAAAUCUGUAUUUACUUGAUCUGCAAUAAACACAUCAUACUUGCA